CAGUUGCUUUCUACUUUGUUCAUCCUUCUUCAAAAAUCCCUCUCUCGAUCGAGAAAUUGAGACAAUCAAUCAAUCAAGAAGAAGAAGAAGAAACAGGUUAAUCAUGCAGCCAAAUGCACCACAAGGAGAUACCAAACGCAAGAACAACAGCAAGAAAAUCAAAUUCUCAAUCAACGAUCACCUCGAUAUCCUCACCGAAAUCCUCAAGCGACUUGACGGUCCUUCCCUCUGCGCCGCCGCCUGCGUCUGCCGUCUCUGGUGUGCCCUAGCUCGCAACGACGAUUCACUCUGGGAGCAUCUCUGUUUCCGUCACGUCUCCUCUCCGCCUCUCUCCUCCGUCCGUCCUCUCAUCCUCGCUCUCGGCGGCUACAAGAGACUCUACAUGCUCUGCCUUCGUCCCGUCCUCUCCCGAUUGAAUCGCUCCGGUUUGGUCCCCCGCGUACGGACUCUCCAAGAUCAGGUACAGCGACUCUCGCUCUCCUUGUUCUGCGUCGAUUAUUACGAGAGAAACGGUUGGCUCGGCGGCGAUGCGGCCGCCGCGGCUCCGUCGCUGCGGUUCCUCUGCAAACCGGUGAACGUAUAAUUUGUUUGUUUGUUUCCUGCUUCUCAUCAUUUUCUCUUUCCCGUUCCAUUCUGAAACGUAUUUCAUUUGGAAUUGUCUCAUAGGACAAAAACUGAAUGCCACUCCCGUAUUUUUCUUCGAAUUUAUUUCCAUUUUUAAUUAAAUAAUUUAAUAUUA